AAACCGUUGAUGAGAUCUUAAUGUAAAUUUAAUCAAACUCGACUCGAUCCAAUUUCAUACCAGACUGGCCCGGGACUAGUCUCAAGUCCCUUUGAGGAAGCUUCUGCUAACCAAAACAGCAGAUGCCCCUCUUCUUUGAUUUUGACAUUUUACGAAUAACAACAGACUGCUACCAAAUCCAGUGGGCGCCCAUUUACUCUGUCUUUAAUCCCCAACAAAUUCUCGCAAUUCUCUCCGUAGACUUUUAAACCCAUGCGAAAUUUUGCGUUGAUUUCAAUUCAAUUUCUCCACAAUUUUUUUUUUGAUUUCUUCUUCUUCCCGGCCAAACACUUCAUUCCCUUGCAAAGAAACUACCAUACACACUCCCUCUCUCUCUCUCUCGAUGAAAUCUUGUAAAUUCAUCGUCCUUUUCUUUUGUUUCCUCGUAAUUUUCCCUCGUUUUUCCUUUUCUGCCGUUCAAAUCCCCAGAUGGGUCGGUGAAAACAGAAUAUUGAAAAAAGGUGUAUUUUCUAAUGCGUUUGAUCCCACUGGAGUAACUCAACUAUCUUGGCAUCCCAGGGCUUUCAUUUACAAGGGAUUUUUAUCAAAUGACGAGUGUGAUCAUCUAAUAAAUUUGGCUAGGGAUAAGCUUGAGAAAUCAAUGGUGGCUGAUAAUGAAUCUGGGAAGAGUAUGGAGAGUGAAGUAAGGACAAGCUCUGGCAUGUUUCUUAGCAAAGCUCAGGAUAAAAUUGUUGCUGAUAUUGAGGCUAGGAUUGCUGCAUGGACUUUCCUUCCGGAGGAAAAUGGAGAAUCCAUCCAAAUACUGCACUAUGAGCAUGGUCAGAAGUACGAACCCCAUUUUGAUUAUUUUCAUGACAAGGCUAAUCAAGAGCUGGGUGGCCACCGGGUUGCAACUGUUCUGAUGUAUUUGUCAAAUGUUGAGAGGGGUGGGGAAACAGUGUUCCCAAACUCAGAGGGAAAAAUGUCUCAGCCAAAGGAUGAUAGCAUAUCUGACUGUGCUAAAAAUGGCUAUGCAGUGAAAGCCUAUAAGGGUGAUGCUUUGCUGUUCUUCAGUCUUCAUCCUAAUGCAACUACUGACCCAGACAGCUUGCAUGGCAGCUGCCCAGUUAUUGAGGGUGAGAAGUGGUCAGCAACCAAAUGGAUCCAUGUCAGGUCCUUUGAGAAAUCUCUCAAGCAAUCAAGAAAUGGCGAUUGUGUUGAUGAGAAUGAGAACUGCCCUUUAUGGGCAAAGGCGGGCGAGUGUGAGAAGAACCCUCUCUAUAUGGUGGGUGACAGUGCUGAUGGCUAUUGUAGGAAAAGCUGCAAUGUGUGCACAUCAUAGGAUGUUCUCUUCUCAUUUUUCACUUACUAGUUCUUUGCAGGGUGACGAUUCAUACACUAAAGCUGUAGAUAACUGGUUGUGCUGCCGUGGCACAAUUAUUAAACAUCUUUAUAAAAACUUUGUUAGCAAUCAGUGGUAAUGUCAAAGUUAAUUGUCAAUAUUUAAGUUAUAUCUACCUAUUCUUCUAAUUUUAA